UAGCCUUUCCAAUAUGUCUUUCCCAAAGUUGCUUCUAAAUGCACAACCUCCAGCAUUCAUCACUGCUCUUGCAAUUCUAGUGGUGCUCUGGAUUUUCCAUAGAUUUACUACUGGGCAGAGAAAAGGUGCAAAAAGAUUGCCAUCUGGCCCUGCUCCAUGGCCCAUCGUGGGAAACUUCCUGCAGUUGGGAAAGCUUCCCCACCGCAGUCUUGCCCAUAUUGCUAUGAAAUAUGGACCCAUUAUGUCAUUAAGAUUGGGUUCUGUUCCCACGGUUGUGGUUUCUUCGGCUGCCAUGGCAAAAGUAGUUUUGAAAACUCAGGAUUUAAUUUUCGCCAGCCGACCUCAAAGCGCUUCAGGAAAGUACUUUGCCUAUGACUACAAGGACGUGGUAUUCACUUCUUAUGGACCGUAUUGGAGGCAGAUGAAGAAAUUAUGCAUGGUGGAAAUGUUUAAUGCCAGAAGAUUGCAGUCCUUCGCACCCAUACUAGAGGAGGAGCUAGUUUUCGCUCUACGCUCAAUGUGGGAGGAGAGCCGAGAGGGCAAAAGUGCUGUAAAUGUUAGCAAGAUUCUGUCCUCCGUUAUACAGGCGCAAGUAUUGCAAAUCCUCUCUGGCACCAAAUCUGAUGACUACCAUUCGAAUGGCAAUGGCAAGGAAAUUAAAGAUUUGUUGUGGGAGAUGUCACACUUAGCGGGAACUUUCAACAUUGGAGAAUUUAUCCCUUGGAUAGACUGGCUGGAUUUGCAAGGAAUAAAGCGGCGCAUGCGAAAGGCAAUCAAGUCCUUCGACCAAAUCGCUUCAAAAAUAAUAGAGGAGCACAAGAAGAGAAGAAGCGCCUCAAGCCUUGACAAGGAGAAAAAGCAUCCCUUUACCACUGACGUCAUUGACACGCUUUUGGAGAUGCAGUCCAAUGAUUCCAUCACAAUCACAACUGAAAACAUAAAGGCCAUUGUUUUUGAUCUUUUUGCGGCUGGCGUGGAAACAUCGUCCACUAUGUUGGAAUGGGCAAUGAGUUUGAUAAUCCAAAACCCUAGUGUGGCGAAAAAACUGCGGGAAGAAAUUGAAGGCGUGGUGGAUAGAGAGAGGGCAGUAAAAAGUAGUGAUGUUGAAAGCAUGGAAUAUCUUCGUUGUGUGGUGAAAGAGACGCUGAGAUUGUACCCGCCGGUGCCUUUGCUCCUUCCCCACAAAUCAACACAAGCUUCCACCAUUGACGGCUACUUCAUUCCCGAGAAUAGCAGGCUUAUUGUGAACGCGUGGGCUUUGGCAAGAGAUCCCGCCGUGUGGAAAGAUCCGCUGGAAUUCAUGCCAGAUAGAUGGAUGGGCAAAGAUGAUGAUUUUGUGAAAGCCAAGGAGUUUUUUGAUAUGAUUCCCUUUGGAGCAGGACGAAGAGGAUGUCCCGGGGCUACCAUGGCCAUGGCCACCAUGACGCUUACCAUUGCUCAGCUCGUGCACUGCUUUGAGUGGCGCGUAGAGGGAGAGUUGGACAUGACUGAAAACUUUGGUGCCACCAUGCCCAGAAAACAUGAUCUUUUCGCCUUUCCCACCUUGAGGUUGCCCACUUGCCCCUCAUGAUUGACCUUCUCUCUGUUCAAGAUGGUAUACUAUUUAGUAACACAAACUCCUCCCACCAAUAAAUAUAUGUAGGCAUCCUAUGUAUUACAAUAAGCUGCGCCUGCAGUUAGUAACGCAGGAAUAUGGGCAAAAAUCUAUUUAUAGAUUAAACUGGUUGUGCAGCAACCAGUUGUUGUUGUUAAUUAUGGAUGUUUGUGCACCAACAAGAUAUUUCACUACCCGUAAAUAUAUGUAUCCUACAUUUGAGUAGAUAUU